AUGAGAUUAAAUGACUUGACAGAAUCUAGGAAGAUGUUGAAGCAAUUUAAGGAAAAGGAUGUUAGACCACCAAGAUCAUACAGUGACUUCUCAAAAUCACCAAGAUAAUUGUAAUUAGAUACAAUUCAAUUGUAUUCAUGGGGUAAGAGUGUUAAUUAAUAUAGGUUUAAAUACUUGUGGUUAAUAAUUAAAGAAUAAUAAAAAUAUCACUCCACAUUAUUAAGGAGUGACCUUAUGUUCAGCAGGUGAAAAUCACACAAUCAUAGUGAAUAAUAAGAAUGAAGUUAUAGGAUUUGGUGAUAACUAAUUUGGUUAAUUGGGAUAUGAAUCAAAUACUUAGCCAAAAUUGAGUCCCAUAUUUAAAGAUCAAAGAAUAACAAGUAUUGUUUGUGGAGCUGAACAUACAUUUAUGUUGACGGCUAAAGGUGAAGUUUAUUCAUGGGGUUUAAAUUUAAAAGGUCAAUUAGGUUUAGGUUGUUUUGAUAAUAUAAGUUAACCCACUCUUGUAUAUGGGUUAUUACCAUUUGGUAAUAGUAAUGGAAAGGCAAGAGAAUAAUAAUAGGGUCAUAAAAGAAUGAAAAGUGCUAAUGAAGGGGAUUAAUCUACAUCUCCAGGAUUAAAAGAGAGAUCUUCAUCAAUAGACAAUAUAAUGGAAUAGCUUGUAAUGAUGAAAGAAAAGAUCAAAUAAAAGAAUACUAAUGAUACUUAAUGUUAGAUUCUAUUAUAAAAUGAUGAAGCAGUUUAAUAAGUAGCAUGUGGUGCAUUACACACUUUAAUAUUGACUAAUAAAAAUAGAAUAUUCUCUUGUGGUUUUGGUGAAUCUUAUGCAUUAGGACAUUAAGAAAAUUAGACAAUUAGUGAAUUUAAAUUAAUUUAAAAUUUAUCUCAUUUUAAAGUAGAAAAAAUCAGUUGUGGAUUAGCACAUUCAGGUUGUAUAAUUGAAGGUGGAAAACCUUAUUUAUGGGGUUAUUGUAAAUCAAAUAAAGAAUAUUAUAAAUAACCUACUCAAAUUAAAAUGGUAGAUGAAUUUAAUAAUUAAUAAUGUGUAUUAGAUAUGAAGAUGGGUGAAAUGUUUACAUUAUUUUUAACAAGUAAAGGAGAAGUAUAUUCUAUGGGUGAUAAUAUUCAAGGAUAAUUAGGCAAUGAUUUAAACUAUUCAGAUGUUCCUAUUAAGAUAUUGGGUUUACCUUUGAUAUCAUAAAUAGCUGCAGGAAGAAAUCAUAGUCUAGCAUUAUCUGCAGAUUAUAAAUAAAUAUAUGGAUGGGGUUCCAAUAUCUAUGGAUAAUUAACAGGAUAACCAAGUGUAAAUGGAAAGGGAUUUAAUUUACCUAAACUAUUAUUUACAGUACUUGAGACUUAAAAAAUUGUAUGUGGUAAUUUUCAUUCAAUUUUAUUAUCACCUUCUUAUCUCGAAAUUAUUUUAGAUGAAAAUGACAAUAAUAAUAAGGAAUAGGAUAAAUUAAAUGAAGAAGUUGAAAAAUAUAGAAAUGAAUAAGAAAUAUUGAAAUAAUAAAACAUUUAAUUACAAUAAAAAUAUGAUAGAAUGAAAAAUGAAUUAAUAUCUAAAAAGAAAGUUAAAGAUCAAAAAGUUUAAACAACAGAAUCAUAUAUACAAAGAUAAAUAAAGAAAUAAUAAUCUAAAUUUGAUAUUUCUGCAUUAGAAAUUUCACCAGAAAGACCAAUCAAACAUAGAAUAUUUUAAUCUAGUUUGGAUAUAGAUUUUAAUGAUAUAAUGUUAGAGAAAUAAAUUAGUGAGGGAGGAUAUGGUGUAAUUUACAGAGCAAAAUGGAGGGAAACUAUUGUAGCUGUUAAAAUGUUUAAGAUAGAUGGAAUGAAUGAGAAUCAUAUUAGAGAUUUCCUCUCUGAAUGUCAUGCUAUGGAAGCUCUUAGACAUCCAAAUAUUGUAAUGUUUCUUGGUGCUUGUACUAAACCACCAAAUCUAGCUAUAGUAUUAGAAUAUUGUUAACGAGGAUCUUUAUGGUAGGUGAUAUAAAAUCAAGAUAUUCAUUUAACUUGGGAAGAUCGUAGAAAAAUGGCAUUAGAUGCUGCAAAAGGAGUGUUAUAUUUACAUUCAUUUAAUCCCCCUAUUCUACAUAGAGAUUUGAAAAGUUUAAAUCUUUUAUUGGAUGAAGCAUUUAGAACUAAAUUAGCAGAUUUUGGUUGGACCAGAACAUUAUCUAAUUAUAUGACUAGUAAGAUUGGAACAUAUUAAUGGAUGGCACCAGAAGUUAUUGCAGGGUAAGUUUAUACAGAAAAAGCAGAUGUAUUUAGUUUUGGAAUCAUUUUAUGGGAAAUUGCAGCCAGGGAACCUCCUUAUAGAAGUACAUUACCCAAUUUAUGAAUUAGAUAUCACUGGAUUAUAAGUUUCUUUAGAUGUAUUGAAUAACGAUUUUCGACCAACUAUUCCAAAAAAGACUCCAGAAGUCUUUACACGAUUAACUAAGAGAUGUUGGGAUAGAGAUCCAGAGAAGAGACCAUCUUUUAAGGAAAUUAUAAAGGAAUUAGAAAUGAUGAAAUUCCCAUAAGGAGUGUGA